AUGACAACAAUCACAGCUUCAUUUAAUGAUACAUUUAAAGUGAGCGAUAAUGUGGCUGUUAUUGUUCCUGAAACAGGAGUUCUCGUAACAUAUCGUGAUCUAUCUCACAUGGUCGGUCAAUUCCAAACUUUAUUCCAUGACCCACAAUCUCCACUAACAGGAUUAGUUACCAGACAAGAAACUGUUGCAAUUUCUAUGAAGAAUAGUUUAGAAUUUAUUGUAGCAUUCUUAGGUUCUACUAUGGAUGGGAAAAUCGCUGCCCCAUUAAACUCAAAUUAUAAGUUCGAUGAGUUCAAUUUUUACUUGAAUGACUUGAAAUCUAAAGCUAUUUGUGUUCCCAAAGGUGUCGUUAUACAAAGUGAAAAGGCCGAAAUAAUGAGAUCAGCUAAGCAAUUUAGUUGUUAUGUUAUUGAAUUAGAAUUUAAUACAGAGAGGUUUAGAGUUGAAUAUGACGUAUACUCUCCAAAAGACAACUACAAAGGCAUUGUAUUUUCUUCCAGAAACAACCCUAAGUUUAUUAACAACGAUGAUACUAAGUUCCCAGGAUUUGCACGUUCCAGCGAUGUUGCAUUAAUUUUGCAUACUAGUGGUACAACUUCAAAACCUAAAACUGUACCUUUAUUACAUCUUAAUAUUGUUAGAAGUACUUUAAAUAUCAGUAAUACCUAUAAAUUAAAUCAAGAUGAUAGGUCUUAUACUGUCAUGCCAUUGUUCCAUGUGCAUGGUUUAAUUGGUGUUUUACUAUCCACAUUCAGAACGCAAGGAUCUGUUGUUGUACCAGAAAAGUUUAGUGCCAAGAGAUUCUGGGAUGAUUUUAUCAAAUAUAAAUGUAAUUGGUUUAGCUGUGUCCCAACUAUUAGUAUGAUUAUGUUAAACAUGCCAAAACCUUCCAAGCUUCCAUAUAUUAGAUUUAUUAGAUCAUGUUCUUCACCACUAGCACCAGUUACAUUCUCUAAAUUGGAAAAAGAGUUUAAUGCUCCAGUCUUAGAAGCCUAUGCAAUGACAGAAGCCUCUCAUCAAAUGACAUCUAAUAAUUUACCACCUGGAAAAAGAAAGCCAGGCACCGUUGGCCAACCGCAAGGUGUCGAGUUAUAUAUCUUAGACGAGAAGGACAAUAAACUAGAACAAGGCCAAAUCGGAGAAGUUUGCAUUAGAGGUGAAAACGUCACUCCCGGGUAUGCGAAUAAUCCAAAGGCAAAUAAAGAAAAUUUCACUUGGGAAUAUAAUUAUUUCAGAACAGGUGAUCAAGGUUACAUUGAUGCUGAAGGUUUCUUAGUGCUAACAGGUAGAAUUAAGGAAUUAAUCAACAGAGGUGGUGAAAAGAUUUCCCCUGCCGAAUUAGACAAUAUUAUGUUAUCAAAUCCAAAAGUCAGAGAAGCUGUAUGUUUUGCAGUACCUGAUUUGAAGUAUGGACAAAUUGUCAAUGCAGCAAUUGUAUUAAAGGAUAAUGAAACUAUGAGUUACGAAGAAUUGAUUAAAUUUAUGUCAAAUAAAGUUGCUAGUUUUAAAUUACCAAGUAAAGUAUAUUUUGUAAAACAAUUACCAAAGACAGCAACUGGAAAGAUCCAAAGGCGUAUAAUAGCUGAAAAACUAACUAAACCAGAAUCUAAAUUUUAA